AUGCCAACCUUCACUUUUAACACUGCUUUGAAAGAUUACAAGGAGAAACAGUUAUCCACAGAUUUGAAAAUCGUCGGGUCUAUCUUCAUUGCCACAUUAAUAGUAUUAUUCCAUUAUGCUUAUAUUAUGAAACAGUUACUUGAUAAUCCAAGUAUGGAAUAUUCCCAAUUAUUCAUUCAAUUUAGUUUAUUCCUAAUAACUAGUUCUGCCGUACUUUAUAUAUUGAUUACAAAAGUCCUUCCUGCUGUUUCACCUAAUUCUACCACUGAAAAUAUCGAAAAGGCAAAGAAAAACCGUUAA